AUGACUUCACUUGUCCAUUCAAUUUACGACAAUGCAAGUCAAUACAGAAAACUCUCACAUGAACUGUCACGCGAAUCAGAAUCAAUAAAUGAAAUGAGGUCUAUUAAUAAUGAGCGGACUCUUCUCAAACAACGCAUUCAAGCAAAACAAGCAGAUCUCCGAACACUAGAAGCACAAUCAAAAAAAGAAUUUGAUGAAGUCCGUAAAGCAAGACAUUUGAGUCUUCGUUCUGCUGCAGCGGCACUAAAGGGCAAAAAGAAGGAAUUGAUUGCAAAGGAAGAAGCCAGAUAUCAACAGGCCUUUGAGAAUGAGCAGAGGUGCAAGACAGAAUAUGAAGAAUUGUGUGGUGCACUCUCACGCUUAGACAUGCAGUCUGAAGGAGUACAGAGACAGUUGGACCAAUUUAAUAGAGACAGAGAGCUGCUGAACAGAAUGUAUGACCAGGUGUUCUCAAAUAACGAUCCUGCGUAUCCGUUAGAGACCCAGCUAAAAACCGAAAUACACAACUAUACCGAACAACGUCGAUUGGCCCAAAGAGAUAGUGGAAGAUUCAGAGAUGCAGAUCAUAAUCUAGGACAGGCACUUCGAGAGACAGUGCGGGUUUCUGCCUUGUUAGACGCCUGUUUGACUUAUGUUCCAUUUGAUAUCUUUGGCGGAACGACAGUAGAUGUACAGCAGGUCAUCUAUGUAGAAGCUGCAAGAAAACAUGUAUAUGAGGCACAACGAAGAAUCAACAUUGCAUGCACGGUUCUUCCAGAGAUUCCCAAUCCUGCUUUGCUUAAUGUUGUGAGCAGCAAUAGAUUCUUGACAAUGCAAUUCAAUUCAACAUUUAUUGACACUACUUGGCAAGCUGCUACCCAUGAGAUGCUUUAUCGGAUUGUUCUUGUUCAACGUAAUAUCGAAAACUCAAUGACAUGGACGAGACAAUACAUGCAGUAUGCAGAAGGUGCUGUUGCAAAACUAGACCAGGCAAUUGAAAAUACCAAGAAAUCAUUAGAAAAAGAACGAAAAAGGAUUUUUGAGCGUGUUUUGGCAGGUGCACCACCACCACCUCAAAUAACCGAUACUGCAGGUGGAUCAUCGUCAGCAUCAACGUCUGCUAACGCUUCAAAUUAUGAUGAUUCAUUAUUUUCACCUUCGUACGAUGCGCCUCCGCCCGUCUAUGAGGCACCUCCUGCUAGCCAAAUAGCACAAAACAGUAGUAACGGAAAUGUGAUGCCUCCCCUACCUACCAACAACUCGUCAUUUCCUUCGGUCAAUACACCGCCUAUGGACAACAUUAACAUUGAACCUCCAAUUCAACUAUCACCUUCUCAGGCUCCCACCCAUCCACCCAGACCAAUCACUCCAGUAACAUCAAAUCCAGAUCCAAUCUCAAGUUACCCACCGCCCCAAUAUGUAUCACAAAACGGAAACAAUCCUUUCCAGCAGGGAAGAAGAGAAACAACACAAUAA